AUGGGCGGGCCCACUCCCAAUUCCGGCACGCCAAAUAACGCGUCCAGCGGUGACAUUUCUCGUCAGAAGCUCAACACGUACAUCUACGACUACUUUCUCAAGCACGGCAACCACGAUGUCGCGCGCGCCAUCCUGAAGACUGUCGAUCUAGACCUCGACCAAAACCAAAGCCCCGAUCGCAAAGACAUCAAUGGCGUGGGCGACUCGAUUGACCCCGACUCCAAAGACAAGAAGCCCGACGACCUCCCCUCUCCCAAUGUGCCUGCUGCUUCAGACGGCAGCUUCCUCUACGACUGGUGGCACCAGUUCUGGGAGUGUUUCAAUGCCCAGCAUGGUAGAGGCAACAACACACAGACUGCAAAGUAUCUGAGCAAUGUCCAGGCCCGAAUGGCCAACGAGCGACAGAGGCUGAUGCGCGUCGAUCCCCAGAUGCAAGCCAACAUGGCCAUGCGCCCCGGCAUGGUGGGCCCCAGCAUACCCGUGCCUCCGGAGAUGGCCAAGAAGUUCGGCCUGCAACCAGGUCGCCAACCCACACAACAGCAAGUGGUCCAGAUGCAGCAGCAGAUGCGUAUGCAACAAAUGGCGCAACUGCAGCAGAAUGCCAUGCAGAGAGACGGCUCGACUAUGGAACAAAGACCCACCUCCCCUGGCGCCGGUGAUGUUGCUCCGUCACCCAAACGUCAACGACUGGACGGUAACUUCAAUGGUGCCAUGGGCCCAAUGGGGCGCGGUCAGCCCCAGGGCAUGCCGGGACAGCAGGUUGGACUCUCUCCCCGUCUCUCAUGUGAGGAUGUUGCAACUGACGCUGACCAGAUGCAGAUGCCCAAUCCCCAGGCGAAAGCGAUGCAACAGGUAUAUGCCAACUCCAUGCGCCAGCACAUGCAAUCCGCCAUGGAUUCUAACGUGGACAAGGGGUUGAUGCCUAACGGAACGCCUCAGAUGCCGCAGGAUCCCAACGCCGCCGAGUUCUUCAAUCCCCAGAUACGGCCCAUGCCCGGCCAGGCGCCGCCCAACGCGAACAGCAACCACGCCCUACAGGACUACCAGAUGCAACUGAUGCUGCUGGAACAGCAGAACAAGAAGCGCCUCUUGAUGGCCCGCCAAGAGCAGGACAACAUGACCAAUGGCCCCAACGGCCCCGUGCCCGCCUCUGGCCAGCCGCAGAACUUCGCCCCGGCAAUGUCGCCCUCCAACAGCCGGGCAGGUCCCUCACCAGGCCCCAACGAACAGAUGCGACGCGGCACUCCCAAGAUGGCCCCCGGCGUCGUCCCCUCUCCCACUGCCGACGGCGGCAUGCCCGGCCGCGCCUCGCCUGCCCCCGGCCAGUUUGAUCCCAACAACGCCAUGAACCCGGCAAUGUUCCCCAUGGGCAUGAUGAAGGGCCCCAACGGCCAGAUGAUGCAGCCUCCCAGCUCUCACCCUGCCUUCAACCAGAUGAACCAACAGCAACAGAUGGACAUGUUCCGUCAGUCUCAGGCGCGCAAUGGUCAGGCUCAGAUGGCCAAUGGCUUCAUGCCCCAGGGCCCAAACAUGAUGGGAGGCCAGCCCCCGCCACAACCGCCCAACAUGACUCCUCAGCAGCGCAACGCCGCUAUGCCACCUCCACCUGCACCUGGUAACGAUGGUCCAAGAGCUGGCACCGGCCCAUCUUCUCCUUCCCAAAACCAAGCUCCACCUACGCCUUCUCAGGCAAACAAACCUAACACAAAGUCCAAAAAGGAUUCAAAGGCCUCGGCGAACAAGGUAACAUUUGCUAGAUCUUCCAAUGCUGCCUCGAAUACUAAUCGUCCUUCUCAGGGUGGAAAGAAAGGAACCACCGGUGCUACCCCUCAAGAGUCGACUGAGCAACCUCCUACUCCAACUCCGGCACCUCCAAUCACCCCUCAACCUACCUCGGCCUUCCCUCCUAAGCCAAGUCAAGCACAAAAUCAACCGCAAGGUGGCCAAUCUGGCAUGCCCGGUCAGCAAAACCAAGGUGGUGACAUGUCCAACAUCGGUGCUCCUUUUGGUAGUAUGGACGACAACUUUGGUGGUAUGGGUCUUGACUUCGAAAUGACCGGUCCCGACGUGCUCGACAACUUCGACUUCGACUCCUUCCUCACGACAGAUGGCGGUGCCGAUGGCUUCAGUUUCGAUCCCAGCGGAAUGAACUUUGGCACUGAUGGCGGACUCGAGGCAGGCGGUGAUGUCUGA